AUGAAUAAAGUGCAAAUACGAAAAUAUGCAAGUGGUGAUUAUGAUCAACCAAUUUUAUUAGAUGAAUCGGAUCUAAUCAGAUCAAAACAACAACAAUAUCUGAGAAUAUUACCAAAUGUUCAACUAUUAAAAGAAGAUUAUUUUAAUUUAACAAAUUUAACUUGUAAUUAUCCAAAAUUGGAUAUUGAUAGUCCAGAUAUAUGGACUUAUUUGAAACCAGUGAAGGAGGAAUUAGAAUGUGAAAAAACACAAAAUUGGGUAUAUAUUGAAAAUGGUACAUUUCGUUUAUCACAACAAGCUCUACGUAAACAUGGUCCAAUUAUUUGUGCCUAUCGUCCAAUUCUACGUGGUAAAGAUGAUUUUUCCACUAUUGAAGGUCAACGACUUUUUCCCAUAGUAGAUAAUAUGCCAUUAGUUAGCGACUUUUUUCGUGCCGAUUGUCGUGCGAGAGAUGGAUCAUUCUAUAGUAAUAUUCACAGUGGGAUACAGUUUGAUGCUGGCUUACAUAUGCGACAUAUUUGGAAUCCAAUGGUUAAAACACAUCUGGGUUAUAAUGUAUUGAUGUUUGGUUUCGAUUCGAUAUCAAGAAUGUCAUUUAUAAGAUUAUUACCAAAAACAUAUUCAUAUUUAGUUCAACAGUUGGGUGCUGUAGUCAUGAAAGGUUACAAUAUCGUUGGUGAUGGUACUCCAGCUGCGUUAUUACCAAUUCUAACAAGUCAAACAGAAAUGGAGUUACCUGAAUCACGACGCGGUCACAUUGGUGCACAAACAGUUGAUCAUUAUCCAUGGAUUUGGAAUAAAUUCAAAGACAAUGGAUAUGUUACUCAAUGGGGAGAAGAUGGUCAAACGGCGGGAACAUUUCAAAUGCGUCUAUUAGGUUUUCGUAAUCCACCUGUGGAUCAUUAUAUGCGUCCAUUUUUUCUGGUCGCUGAAUCAAUGCGUACUACAAAACCCUACUGUUUUGGCUCUGUAUCACGUCAUCAAAACAUGCUUAAUUGGAUGCGUGAAUUCUAUGAAAUGUACCCUAGACAACCUAAAUUCUCAUUUCUGUUUCAUUCACAAUAUUCUCAUGAUUCAAAUAAUCGUUUGCCGUAUGCCGAUCAAGAGUUAUACAACUUUUUACUUUAUAUGAAUACAAAAGGUUAUUUAGACAAUACAAUGUUAAUAUUAAUGACAGAUCAUGGUGCGAGAUAUUCACAAUUGAGAAAAUCAUAUCAAGGAAAACUGGAAGAACGUUUACCAUUUAUGUCUAUUCGAAUGCCACCAAAAUUUCAUAAAAAAUAUCCUCAUUUAAUCAAAAAUCUAAGAUUAAAUUCUCAUCGUUUAACCACUCCAUUUGAUAUUCAUGAAACAUUUUUAAAUUUAUUCGAUUUUCAAGACGAUGAGGAUUAUCAAUCGAAAUCAAAUCGUUCUUAUUCGCUCUUUCACCCGAUACCCGAUAAUCGUACGUGUGAAAGUGCUGCCGUCGAAUCGCAUUGGUGUACAUGUUUACAAUGGAAACAAAUUGUUAAUUUUCAAAAUCAUUCACUCAUACAGACAAUUGGUGAAGCUGUUGUCGAUUAUUUGAAUAACUAUUUGGCAGAUGUGCGAAACGAAUGUGCACUAUUAAAACUCCUUCAUAUACAUAAAGCUCAAGAAUUAGCUGCUAAUGAUAUGAUGUUGAAAUUUGAUAAAUCAAUCGAUAAAGAUGGACGCAUUCCAGGAUUUAAACAACAAUCGAAUAUUACUGUUGAAAAACAAGCUCGAAAAAAUCAACGAAUACCAUUGUAUCAACUUCAGAUUGAAACCAUUCCAGGUCAUGGACAAUUUGAAAUUACAGUUGGACAUGAUAUUGUAGAACAAAAAUUUGAUAUUCAAAAACGACGAUUAUCGAGAAUAAAUAAAUAUGGACACGAUUCGGAAUGUAUUGCCGAUAAACGGCCGGAAUUUCGUGAAAUAUGUUAUUGUGAUAACUUUGUAUCAAAUAAAAAACGCGAAGUUUGUGUUUAA